GAAAUCCUACACCCGUAUGAUAGACGCUACAACCAUCCGCAACCAUUAUUUCAGUAUUCUUCGCAUCUAAAAAUAUUUUCAUUUGCAGAUAUCGCAAAAAUAAUAGUAGAAGAAUGGAAAAGACGCAAUAAGUCUGUUAAUCUGUUUAAAAAAAUACAUAUUGAAAGACUCGGAAGAAUCAUGACUGCCAUUUUUCAAUUAGUUUUGAGAACUAGUUGUUUAAGAGAAAUUGAAAUCUUCGAUUAUUAUGAAUUACGCAAUUUGACGAUACAUAUUAAGAAAAAUUCAUAUCUCAAGGAGCUAUUAAGAAAUUUAUCAAAAUUAUGUAUCAAUCUUCAAAGGAUAGAAUAUAGGGUUAAACAAGAUCUAGAUUCUGAGACAGUGGACGCGUUGGCUGAUAUCAUAACCGACAAUUUUCAGAAGGAAUCUUUAACUUCGCUUUCUUUGCGCUUUGUCAAUUUCUCAGCCAUUAGUAUGAAUAGAAUUGCGAAGUAUACAAAGCUAGAAUCCAUGGAAAUACAUAGUUGCUAUUGGGCUACGAAGGAAAACUGUGAGAUGUUUAUGCAGUCGUCAAUUCAACUCAAGAGUUUAACUCUUGACACAUAUCACUUUGAAGAUGAUACGCUUUUAGCUACAUUUAUCGAAAAAGCAGGAAAAAAUUUGUUAAACUUGCACAUUGACAAGGUAUCCGAAGAAGUAGUGACGCCAUUGUCUCAAUUCUGUCCAAACAUAUUCAAAUUUUCGUUAUUUUAUAAGUUACAAGACUGCAGUAUAUUUAUGGAUUACUUAAAAGGAUCCAAGAUAAGCCAAUUAAUCAUCAAAUCUCACUGUAGAUCAGACGAACUAUUUAUUGCUUUGGGAAAACAUGUUCCUUCCAGUUUAGAAAAAUUAUAUCUUCAUUGUCAUUUUAGACCGGAGGGGCUCGGAAAAUUUCUACUCAACUAUAGUAAAUCAUCACUUAAUACGUUGGAGACUUUAUAUAUUAAGUACAUUGACGGUCAUUUUCUUGAUUACCUCAAAGUAAUUGAGCACUAUGCUGAGUAUAAUGCAUUGAAAACCGUUAUGAUAGAAACUACAGUAGAUAUAGAUGAGAUGUCGGGUUUAAUUCAGAACAUCAGGAAAAAAGGAAUUAAUAUUCUUUUCCAAUAG